CCCGCCGCAGCCAUGGCGGCGCCGCUCGCUGGGUGCCUGGCCCUCCUGCUCUGCGGAGCCGCCCGCGGGAGCGCUGAAACUGGUCUUCCUCGAGGACGGCGCCGCCGCGGGGAACUCGACGGACAGCGGUGCGUCGGCGUGCCUCACCGCCGAGACUGGCUCCCCGUGCCACCAGAAGGUCCGCUGGACGAUGAAGCACGGCAUCAAAGAGCACGCCGAGAGCUUCAAGCCGCUGACCACGAGCUCCACCUUCGAGGAGGUCCAGGAGCACCUGCACGGAAUGAAGAAGUUCGCCGGCAUCUGCCGGAAGCCGUGCGCCCGCCGGGGGCCCCUUGCCGACAGGGCCCGCCGCGGCCAGGCGUCCCUGCCCGCGCCCGGACGGGUCGGCUCAGAGGCCGCAGAGCCGUGCCGCAUUGCCAGGAGGGGCGACGCCUGCUUCGAGGGGGUCGUGUGGGCGAUGCAGCGGGGCAUCCAGGCACACCCAGAGUGGUACCCGGGCCUGGGCGAGAACUCCAGCUUCCGGGAGUUCCAGGAGGUCCUGAGCAAGCAGGUCGGGGGCGCGUGUCGCAGGCCGUGCGCGGACGCGUGCCACACGGCCGUAGAGGGCGACGAGUGCUUCAAGAAGGUGACGUGGGCCAUGCGCGAGGGCAUCGCGGCCCACCCUGAGCGCUUCCCGUCGCUCACGAAGGACUCGAGCUUCGAGGAAUUCCAGAACUUCCUGCAUGGCGGUCCGCCCCCAGGGCUCGUCCCGAACGACUACGCGUGCGCCAGGGCUUGCAGCAGGCAGCCCGGGCAGGCACAGUCUGCUCCGCCAGGGCAGGCGCCCGCGGUGGCCGACACCGCCAAGAAGGCCCUGGAGCAGACUGCCGAGCCGGCGCCGCCGCUAGCGAUCCCGCCAGCGGCCGCCGCCACGGCGCGCGUCGGGGGCGGGGCGGCGGCGGCCGCGGCGGUGGUGCACGGCGAGGAGCCCCCUCUACGAGGACGAGAAGAAGGAGAGCGCCGUCAGCCCCGAAGUUCUGCGCCGAAGGGCUGCUCCUUCCCUCGAGCGGUCCCAGCAGCAGGCCUACUAUGA